AUGAUCCAGCUCCUGUUCGCGCUGUUGGCCGCAGAGACGGCGCUGGCGCUGGCGCUGCUCUUCUGCAUGCCCAUGCAUCGCCUGGCUCUGCUCGCCAUCGACCGCACCAAGAGGCGGCGCGGGCCCAUCAUGGCCAAGACCGUUGCGGGCACCAUGCUCCUCGUACUUGUCGUCUCUACCGGCUACAGCAUCGCUAAGAUCCGCCGCCGCGCGGGGGAGCUCGGACUGCUCACACCCACCGACCAGGUGCUCGCCAGUCGCUAUAUCCUUGAGGCGUCGCUCAUGGGUAUUUAUGCUCCUUCAUUAUCUGCCUCCUAA